AUGAAAUUGGGUCAAAUUGAAAAUCAAAGUUGUCAGGAAAAUCCCAUUUUUAAAACCGAGCAGGGCAAAUAUUUAGCGGAAAAUUUAGCGGAUCCCCUAAUAAAAGCUUUAACACAAGUUGCACACAAACGUCCAAAUGAUCCCUUGGAAUAUCUAACAAAUUAUCUACAAAGUUACGUAUCAUCACGCAACACGAAUGGUAGAACCAUUACACAAGCAGCCAUACACUCGGGCAGUAGUCAAACAAAUUCCACAGUUUUAGCCUCCUCUAAACCUUCAACACCACCAGUAGCACCACCGGCAGCACAAAUGCAAAGACAGACGGCACGUAUGAAUGGUCACGUGAAGUAUGCCAAUGAGGAUAGUAUUGAAGAGGAUUCACUGCAACAACUCGAGCAAUUCGAUGGCGAUGAUGGUAAUGACUCAGAUGCAGAAAUAUCGAAAAAGUUGGAGGAGCGGGAUGAACAUGGUCAAAGUAUGUUACAUUUUGCUUGUGCCCGAUCACAUCGUAAAGGUGGUCUGAUACAUCUAAUUGAAGAGGCAAAAGCGGAUAUAACAUAUCGUGAUGAAUUGUAUCGUACGGCUAGAGAUGUGGCGUUACAGGCCAAUCAAUUGGGCAAUGCCAAAGAGAUUGAUCGUUAUGUCAUGUCGUUGGCAAUAGUGGGAGACAUCAAACCCUUCGAACAUUUAGCAAUUUCCGGUUAUGAUCAUAUCAUAGAUGUUGUCGAUGAUAAUGAAACACCCAUUAUAGAUGUAGUAGAAGCUAGGGGACUUUCGGAAUUAGGCGAAUAUUUACGAACCAUAAGACCAUUAGAGGAAUUGCGUGAAGAGUUGCAUCAAAUGAUAAGAGAUAAUAAUGUUAAACGGGUUAAGGAAAUUGCUGAUGGUCCCGAUGGCAAAUGGUUGAUAAAGGCUAAAAAUUAUUAUGGUAUGCAGUAUGAAUGUUGUGUGCUUUUAAAAGAUAAUAGUCCCUCCUGUCGCUUAUGA